AUGAUGAAUACGCGACGUCUUCAUCAUAUCCAUUCGCACAACAAAACGCGAGUGUUCAAAGAGCGAACGAAUGCCUUCAACGAUCGUCAACGUCGUGGUGCUAUGCGAAGGAAAAUCCACGAAGUUACUGGACACAAAUUCAUGGCUCUGUUCCUGCGUCAGCCAACUUUCUGUGCUCACUGUAAAGAAUUUAUUUGGGGAAUUGGAAAGCAAGGAUAUCAGUGUCAAGUGUGCACAGUAGUCGUCCAUAAGCGUUGCCACGAAGAUGUUGUAUGGAAGUGUCCCGGGAACAAAGCUGACGCCGUCGAAGAGCUUGGAAAAGAGAUUCAGGAAACGGGCGCCGGCCGAUUCAACAUCAAUAUGCCUCAUCGCUUCUCUGUACAUUCCUACAAAAGACCCACGUUUUGUGAUCACUGUGGAUCUAUGCUCUAUGGACUUAUCAACCAAGGACUGCAGUGUUCAACGUGCAAACUCAAUGUACACAAGAGAUGUCAGCGAAACGUAGCCAAUAACUGUGGAAUCAAUGCGAAACAAAUGGCGGCCGAGCUGGCACAGUUAGGACUUACUGGGGACAAAAUGAGCAUUCGAUCCAGAAGAAGGUUGCCAUCUAUUAUGACUGACACUAGCACUGAUGUUUCCGGUUCAUCGGCUUCCGAGAAUUCUGGAUAUUUACAACAAAUUAAUGAAGAUGAUUCUGGAACAACGUCUACAUCAAGAGGGUCCAAAGUACCUGGAGGUACACUUUCAAUCAACGAUUUCACAUUCAUGAAAGUGCUCGGAAAGGGAUCAUUUGGUAAAGUAAUGUUAGCUGAAAGGAAAGGAACCGACGAAGUUUAUGCCAUCAAAAUUCUCAAGAAGGAUGUUAUCGUACAAGAUGACGACGUAGAAUGUACCAUGUGUGAGAAGAGGAUUCUUUCCCUGGCUGCAAAACAUCCGUUCCUGACAGCUUUGCACAGCUCAUUCCAAACUGCGGAUCGUCUUUUCUUCGUGAUGGAAUAUGUGAAUGGAGGUGAUCUGAUGUUCCAAAUUCAAAGAGCCAGGAAGUUUGACGAGAGCCGAGCGAGAUUCUAUGCAGCGGAAGUCACGUGUGCUCUUCAGUUUUUGCAUAGGAAUGAUGUUAUCUAUCGAGAUUUGAAACUUGACAACAUUCUGUUGGAUGCUGAAGGACAUUGUCGAUUGGCUGAUUUUGGAAUGUGCAAGGAAGGAAUCAAUAAAGAAACGUUGACGAGCACUUUCUGUGGAACACCCGAUUAUAUUGCACCUGAGAUUUUACAAGAAAUGGAAUAUGGCGUGUCGGUUGAUUGGUGGGCUCUUGGAGUUCUUAUGUAUGAAAUGAUGGCCGGACAACCUCCAUUUGAAGCUGAUAAUGAAGACGAUCUAUUUGAAGCUAUUUUAAAUGAUGAUGUGUUAUAUCCGGUUUGGUUAUCAAAAGAAGCUGUUAACAUUCUCAAGGCGUUUAUGACAAAGAAUGCUAGCAAACGAUUAGGAUGUGUUGUCUCGCAAGGAGGUGAAGAUGCUAUUCGUGCUCAUCCAUUCUUCCGUGAAAUCGAUUGGGAUGCGUUGGAAUCUAGAAACGUUAAACCACCAUUCAAGCCGAAGAUUAAAUCAAAGCGCGAUGCUAACAAUUUUGACAGUGACUUUACGAAAGAAGAACCAGUACUGACACCGAGUGAUCCAGCAGUUGUUCGAGCAAUCAAUCAGGAAGAAUUCCGCGGUUUUUCAUUCAUCAAUCCGCAUUUCACCUACUAA